GAUCGUUAGUGGUGUGUGGAUUAAAAAAAGAAAAAAACGUGAAGAACAUUUUUUUUUUCUUUGAAAUAAAUCAACAUUUUACACAAAAUAAAUUUAAAAAUAUUUUUUUUGUUAGUUUUUGAAACACAAAAAAAAAUAUUUUAAAUAAAAUCGCACAAAAAUAAAUAAAAAAUUGAAAUAUCGCGAGUAAAAAUACAGAAAAAGUAACAAAGUGUGGGCGAAUUCAACAUAUGUGAAUGUAACAAGGUGCUAUAUUUGUAAAAAAAACAUCUAAGUAAAUAUUUCUACGGAGUGUAAUUUUGACUCUGUAGAAUAUUUAGUAUCUACCUCUACUUUAGAAUUAAGUGAAAAAAAAUAAGAAGAUAUUAAUAUUCAUAAGAAGAACACUUGAACACAACACCAACGCAACAAAAUGUCUACAGACGAGCAACCACAGGAACCAUCAAAGCGACGAGGAUUCUUCUCAUGUCGCUUUGUACUGAAUGCCAUGGUAAUUUGCGGAUUUAUGUUAAAUUAUGCAUUACGAGUCAACUUGACGAUUGCCAUCGUCGCAAUGGUAAAACCCAACCACACAGCAACAAACGGCACCUUAGCUGCACACGACAACACAACUGGCUACAGCACAACGAUAAACCCCCUUGCCGUGCCACAAUCCGACGAAGAUGCCAACGAUCGCUUCGAAUGGAGCGCCUACGAGCAAAAUAUCAUCUUGGGCUGCUUCUUCUGGGGCUACAUCCUCACUGAACUUCCGGGCGGGCGUUUGGCUGAACUCGUUGGAGGUCGUCGCGUUUUCGGUCACAGCAUGUUAUGGGCGAGCGUAUUGACACUCAUUACUCCUGCCGCUGCCAUGUUGCACUUUAAUGCGUUGGUUGUCGUUCGUGUCGUGUUAGGAUUUAUGUUGGGUGCUUCAUGGCCAGCUAUUUUGCCGUUAUCAUCGGUUUGGAUUCCCCCAAAUGAUCGCAGCAAAUUUAUUGCCAACAUGAUGGCUUCUUCCUUGGGCGCCGGUAUCACAAUGCCAAUUUGCGGAUUCCUCAUAGCCAAUUUGGGAUGGGAAAGUGCCUUCUAUUUUACCGGCGGCGUUGGUUUGCUUUGGUCAAUUUUGUGGUUUGUUUUGAUUUUUGACUCGCCUGCGGUGCAUCCUCGCAUUUCUCCGGAAGAAAAAUACGAAAUUGAGACUGCAAUUGGAACAACGACAUCGAAAAAACGUCCCAGCCGAGUUCCGUGGAGAGAAAUUUUGACGGCGCCUCCUGUUUGGGCAAUUAUUAUCACGCAUGGUGCUUCGGUGUUCUGUUAUUUCACUGUUGUUAACCAACUUCCAACUUAUAUGAAUCAUAUCUUGCAUUAUGAUAUUAAAUCGAACGGAUUUGUCUCAUCAUUCCCCUACUUUGGCAAAUAUAUCAUGGCUGUUUGUGCCUCAGCGCUUGCCGAUCAUUUGAUGAAGAAACAAACUUUGACUCGAACUCAAACGAGAAAAGCUUUCACUGCAUUUGCUGUGAUGACGCCCGGUAUCUUAAUGAUCUUGCAAAUCUUCUUCGGAGAACAUCGUACAUUUGCCGUCGUUAUUUUCACGAUCGCCCUGACCUUAAAUGGCGGCGUUACUGCUGGUUAUUUGAGCAACGGUCUCGAUAUUGCGCCAAAUUUCUCAGGAACUAUCUUCGGCAUGGCAAAUACUUUGUCCAGUUUUGGCGGAUGGGCUUCUUCUUUCAUGGUUGGCGUGUUAACGAACGAAGAUCAAUCGUCUUACGGAAGAUGGCAAAUUGUCUUUAUGGUGCUCGCGGGUGCAUAUCUCCUUGGAUCGCUGUCCUUCCUCAUUUUCGGUACAGGCGAAUUGCAACCAUGGAACAAUCCGGAUGCGAAUAAGGAAGAUCAAGAAGCUGGUGUGCCUCUGAAAGAACAACAAAAGAAAGCUGUCACCAAUGGAAAUGGUGAAACUGUUGCGUCUUCCUAAAUUUUUUUUGUGAAUAAUUUUAAUUAUUUUAAGAUUUUUUAUCGUAAAAUUUUUGACUCUCUCUUUAAGCGUUCUAUCGAUCUACUUUUUUUUAUUUAGUUUGUUCUCGUCAGACAUCACCAGAAUGCCCUUUGUUGUUAUUUGUUUUAAUCAAGUUUAAAUUAUUUUAAUUAAAGUACUCUCCAACUCAGUAAAAGUUGUAAUUUUAGGUAAUUUUAAUAGUUUUUAAGACGAGCAAAUCAUGCAUUUUUUAAAAUAAUUUUUUUUUUCGUAGAGAUUAAGUUUUAAAAUUACAUAUGUUAAUAAAAAAGGUAAUGA